GCGCGCGCCCCUCCGCACAAGAACUAGUUUUGUUCCGUGUCCUACGGAAAGGAGCUUCUCCGGGAGAACGCCCCGCAGAACUACGCAGACCCUCGCCAGCGCCGCAGCAAUGACCAGCAACAGCUUCGCUUAUAAUGAGCAUUCCGCGGGAGGGGAGGCAACAGAGCUGGGUCAGGAGGCGACCUCAACCAUUUCCCCCUCCGGUGCUUUCGGCCUCUUUAGCAGCGAUCUGAAGAAGAAUGAAGAUCUAAAGCAGAUGUUGGAGAGCAACAAAGAUUCUGCUAAAUUGGAUGCAAUGAAACGGAUUGUUGGAAUGAUUGCAAAAGGGAAAAAUGCAUCUGAACUGUUUCCUGCUGUUGUGAAGAAUGUGGCCAGUAAAAAUAUUGAGAUCAAAAAGUUAGUAUAUGUUUACCUGGUUCGAUAUGCUGAAGAACAGCAGGAUCUGGCACUCUUGUCCAUAAGUACUUUUCAGCGAGCUCUGAAGGACCCAAAUCAACUAAUUCGCGCAAGUGCUUUAAGAGUUCUGUCAAGUAUCAGAGUACCAAUUAUUGUACCUAUUAUGAUGCUUGCUAUUAAGGAAGCUUCUGCUGAUCUAUCACCAUAUGUUAGGAAGAAUGCAGCCCAUGCGAUACAAAAAUUGUACAGCCUUGAUCCAGAGCAGAAGGAAAUGUUAAUUGAAGUCAUUGAAAAACUUCUGAAAGAUAAAAGCACACUAGUAGCUGGCAGUGUUGUGAUGGCUUUUGAGGAAGUCUGCCCGGAUAGAAUCGAUCUGAUUCACAAGAAUUACCGCAAGCUCUGUAACUUACUAGUUGAUGUUGAAGAAUGGGGACAGGUUGUCAUCAUCCAUGUGUUAACGCGAUACGCUCGCACACAGUUUGUCAGUCCUUGGAAAGAGGAUGAUGGUCUGGAGGACAAUGAAAAGAAUUUCUAUGAGUCUGAUGAAGAAAAGGCCGACAAAAGGAAGAGGACUUACGCUAUGGACCCAGACCACAGACUUCUAAUCCGGAAUACAAAACCUUUGCUGCAGAGCAGAAAUGCAGCGGUGGUUAUGGCAGUUGCUCAGCUGUAUUGGCACAUAGCACCGAAAUCUGAAGCUGGCAUUAUUUCUAAAUCACUAGUGCGUUUACUUCGCAGCAAUAGGGAGGUGCAGUAUAUUGUCCUACAGAAUAUAGCAACCAUGUCAAUUCAAAGAAAGGGUAUGUUUGAACCUUAUCUAAAGAGUUUCUACGUUAGGUCAACUGAUCCAACUAUGAUCAAGACACUCAAGCUUGAAAUUUUGACAAACUUGGCAAAUGAAGCCAACAUAUCAACUCUUCUUCGAGAAUUUCAGACCUAUGUGAAAAGCCAGGAUAAACAGUUUGCAGCAGCCACUAUUCAGACUAUAGGCAGAUGUGCAACAAACAUCUUAGAAGUCACUGACACGUGUCUCAAUGGCCUGGUGUGUCUGCUGUCCAACAAAGAUGAAAUAGUUGUGGCUGAAAGCGUGGUUGUUAUUAAGAAAUUACUGCAGAUGCAACCUGCACAUCAUGGUGAGAUUAUUAAACAUAUGGCCAAACUCUUGGACAGCAUCACUGUUCCUGUGGCUAGAGCAAGUAUUCUUUGGCUAAUUGGAGAAAACUGUGAACGAGUUCCUAAAAUUGCCCCUGAUGUUUUGAGGAAGAUGGCUAAAAGCUUCACAAGUGAAGAUGAUCUGGUAAAGCUGCAGGUUUUAAACCUGGGAGCAAAAUUGUAUUUAACCAAUUCCAAACAGACAAAAUUGCUUACCCAGUACAUAUUAAAUCUCGGCAAGUAUGAUCAAAACUACGACAUCAGAGACCGUACAAGAUUUAUUAGGCAGCUUAUUGUUCCGAAUGAGAAGAGUGGAGCUUUAAGUAAAUAUGCUAAAAAAAUAUUCCUAGCACAGAAACCUGCCCCAGUGCUUGAGUCUCCUUUUAAAGAUAGGGAUCAUUUUCAGCUUGGUACGUUAUCUCACAUUCUCAACACUAAAGCCAGUGGGUACCUGGAAUUAUCUGAUUGGCCAGAGGUGGCACCUGACCCAUCAGUUCGAAAUGUAGAAGUAAUAGAGUUGGCAAAAGAAAGGACACCAUCAGGAAAAGCAAAGAAAGAGAAUCCUCCUAAGAAAUUUUAUUCUGAAUCUGAGGAGGAAGAAGACUCUUCUGACAGCAGCAGUGACAGUGAGAGUGAAUCUGGAAGUGAAAGUGAAGAGCAGGACGAGGAAGGAGACAGCAGUGGUGACAGCAGUGAGGAUUCCUCCAGUGAAAGUGGGAGUGGGAGUGGGAGCGAGUCCACGGUGAACAAAAGAACAGCCAAGAGGAGCUCCAAAACCAAAGAGAAAGGUGAUUCAGAUGAUGGGGAGAAAGAAAAUGAAAAAUCUGAAACCUCAGAGUCUUCCAGUGCAGAAUCUAGUUCAAUAGAAGACAGUUCUUCAGAAUCUGAAUCAGAAUCAGAAAGUGAGUCUAAAUCCAGAAAAGCUACCAAGGAAAAAGAAAGAAACACAAAGCAAGGUAGAAAUCCUGUUACCAAAGAUGUUUCACUUCUAGAUUUAGAUGAUUUUAACCCAGUACCCACACGAGUUGUGCGUCCCUCCGUACCAGUUCUUUCUCCAAGCUUGAUAGCUGAUCUUGAAGGUUUAAAUUUGUCAACAUCUUCAUCAGUCAUUAGCGUCAGUACUCCCGUGUGCGUUCCAGUGAAGACCCACGAGCUGCUUCACCGGAUGAGCGGAAAAGGCCUUGCUGCCCACUACCUCUUUUCAAGACAGCCUUGCAUUUUUGGCAGUAAGAUGGUCUCUGUGCAAAUAACACUGAAUAAUACGACAGAUCGAAAGAUCGAAAAUAUCCACAUAGGAGAAAAAAAACUUCCUAUUGGCAUGGAAAUGCACGUUUUUAAUCCAAUAGAAUCUCUUGAGCCUGAGGGAUCCAUUACUGUUUCAGUGGGUAUUGACUUUUGUGAUUCAACUCAGACUGCCAGUUUCCAGCUGUGUACCAAGGAUGAUUGCUUCAAUGUUAAUAUUCAGCCACCUGUUGGAGAACUGCUUUUACCUGUGACCAUGUCAGAGAAAGACUUUAAGAAAGAGCAAGGAAUGCUAACAGGAAUGAAUGAAACUUCUGCUAUAAUCAUCGUUGCACCACAGAAUUUCACUUCCUCUGUGAUCCUUCAGAAGGUUGUAAAUGUAGCCAAUGUAGGUGCGGUUCCUUCUGGCCAAGAUAAUAUACACAGGUUUGCAGCUAAAACUGUGCACAGUGGGUCACUGAUGCUAGUCACAGUGGAACUCAAGGAGGGCUCCACAGCACAGCUCAUCAUAAACACUGAGAGGACUGUGAUUGGCUCUGUUCUGCUGCGGGAGCUAAAGCCCGUCCUGUCCCAGGGGUAACCUGCUUACAUCUGGACUUCAGAAUCUGGCACACAACAAAAGUGCCUGGCAUCCACCACUGCUGCCUUUCAUUUAUAAUAAUAGCCCUUCCAUCUGGCGGUGGGGGGAGAACACACUCUUGACAUUCUUGUCUCCUGCUUUAGAAUGCUAGUGUGUAUCUGUCCUGUGUGCAGUCCUUUCCCUCUUCGCUUUGCUAACCAAAGAACAUACAUUUUGUUGUCAGUUAUCUCAACUCUUGAAUCCAUGUGGCAUUUUCUCUGUCCUACUACUUUUUCUGUCCUUCUUGUCUUCCCUCUCUUUUCAACAAUGAUGGACAUGAAUUGGAAAUUUUUUAAUUUGAGAAUCACCCUCCUUCCUGCAGUAAGCAAAAAUUUGCCUAGAAAUAGUCUAAAUGGCCUCUCAGCUUGGCAUGUAAGAGUGGGAUAGCAUACUUUUUAGAAUUAAAUGCCAAAACAACAAAGUCAGUGCAAAAUUUUGUUGUGUGAAUUUCCUGAUAUUAUAAUCAGCCAUCAUGAAAUUAUCUCUGAUAAUAAGAUGAAUAAACUAGCGUAUGAAGAGCAUUUGUCUUUGCAUUUUCAAUGGGAAAUUACUUAUAAUCCUGAGGUUUAUAUGCUGGAGUUUUCUUUAACCUAAAGUAAAUAUUUUGACUGUUGUAUAUUAUGCAGAGAAGCAAUCAGGUUUAGUGAAAGAAAAAGCAUUUUCAAACCAGGUAGAUUUUCCAGUUGUGUUACAGAUUUACUUUUGCAUGAGAUAAUAUUUUUGUCUGCUAACUUAGAUUUAAAAUCUUUAUUAUAUCAGUAAUAUAAUGUAGUAUGCAAACAGUUGAAACCACUUUAAUAUCAAUAGCUUAAUAUCAUUAAACCAUUUUUUACAUAAAUGAAGUUAGAAAAAUGACCAAAGUCCCAAGGUUCAGGUUUGAGUUUUCUUGGGGUUUUUUGUACAGUGAUUCAGAAUUCCUUUGUCUCAUAUUUCCUUUAACUUUGUCAUAACCCAUGAUUAUCUUUAAAUUGUUCCAUUGAGUCGAGUUAGUCAAUGUUGAAUUCUUAAUUCUAGCUAUAUUUUUUCAUUUUAAUGUCCACUUAAUGGGACAUUUUAUGUACACCAGUUUUGAAAAAUGGCUCUCCUUGUAUAUUUCAGACUAAGCCUCAUUUUUACUAUCAAAAUAGAUUAGCUUUAUUUAUUAUAGAUAAGGAGAAUGUUUUUAUUCUAAAGAGACAUGACAAAGAAUUUAUCAAAUUGAAAUUGGAUAUGUGCCCUUCUUGAUAACCAUUGGGCUGGCCAAAAUGUCCAUUUAGUUUUUUCUUUAAAAUAAAAGGCCCAUUUUUUAUUUUCACCAAUAACUUCAUUGGUUUGGAUAUUUUGAGUAUGUCAGCUCUCUCUCACGUGGUAUAACAUUGAUUGUUUUCGGUUAAUGUCUUGAUUUGAUUGCUAUCAUCUUCAACUGGUCUACCCGACUAUAGAGCAUCGUCCAGUGAGAAAUCUCUAGCAUGAAACUUUGCCUAAUGCUUUUGACACAUUCAAUCCUUCACAGCACCUCUUCCAUACACUGCACACAUCUUUUUUUGCAUUUCAGUUGCAUUUUUACCUGUGUUGAAAUAAUAAAGCUAUUAUAAUUUGCUGAAAA